AUGUCGGCCUCGACUUAUGUGAAAGAUUACCCAGAGCAUGUUCAUGACCCUUCGAAAACCCAUCACCAUCUCCACGGCCGUGUGCACAGCAAGGUCUUGCACGAUGCAAAGGUGAGGUUAAUACACUUCAAGAACCAGCUGGGAAAGUACAAGAAUUUGAUCAACCCGAACCACCGCCACGACGAGCCUCACGAGCAACGGGUCGACGAGAAGAGGGACAGCAUCAGGGAAUCGCACAGGUUCACCAGUUUCGCAGACAUAAGAGAGGGCAACAAUGUAAAGUGGUACAUCGAUGGCAGAGACUACUUCUGGGCGGUUUCGGUAGCGUUGGAGAACGCGAAGGAGGUGAUAUACAUUGCCGAUUGGUGGCUGUCUCCCGAAUUGUUUCUCCGACGACCGCCCCAAUUCAACAAGGAGUGGCGCCUUGACAGGAUACUGAAGCGUCGCGCGGAGGAAGGGGUGAAGAUCUAUGUUAUUGUGUACAAGGAGGUCGCUGCUGCUUUGACUUGUAAUAGUGCGCAUACAAAAAGCGCGCUGGAGAAGUUAUGCCCCAAGGGAUCACCCGGUCAUGGGAACAUUGUGGUUAUGCGGCAUCCAGACCACUCGCCUUUCGAGCAUGCUGCGGACAUGACUUUCUACUGGGCCCAUCACGAGAAAUUCAUCGUUAUUGAUCAUAAAGUAGCCUUUGCCGGCGGAUUGGAUCUAUGUUUUGGACGAUGGGAUCUGAAGCAACAUCCCUUGGCCGAUGUGCAUCCCGGCGGAGUGGCCAACGAGGUUUGGCCUGGGCAGGACUUUAAUAAUAAUCGAGUUUUGGAUUUUCACAAUGUACAGGACUGGGACCAGAACCAGCUGGAUAAGAAAGACUAUGGUCGCAUGCCUUGGCACGAUGUUUCUCUCGGUAUCAUUGGCCCAUGCGUCUACGACAUUGCCGAACAUUUUGUAGGAAGGUGGAACUUUAUCAAACGCGAUAAAUACAAACGACACCCUCGGUACCCGUGGAUCGAACUUUCGUUCACCCAGGCCGAUCUCCUUGGUGUUGUAAGACCACGAUUUCCAGUCGGCGGAUUUGUAAAACAUCCAUUGCACCCCACAGCGGAUGCGAUCAAGCCAACAGAGCGGGGGAAUGGGACAUGCAAAGGUCAAGUUGUGAGGAGCGCCAGCGACUGGAGUCACGGUAUAUUGAAGGAGGAUAGCAUUGCGAACGCGUACAAGGAACUUAUAAGGGGUGCUCAACAUUAUGUUUACAUCGAGAACCAAUUCUUCAUCACUGCAACCGGGGAGGAACAAGCGCCCAUAAAAAACACCAUUGGCGCCGCCAUUGUAGAUGCGGUCUUGAGAGCGGCAAAGGAGGGGCGCAAGUUCCGCGUCAUUUGCGUGAUCCCAGCCAUUCCCGGCUUCCCUGGGGAUCUCAGAGACGCGGCGGCGGCAGGAACCAGGGCCAUCAUCGAUUACCAGUACAAGUCGAUUUGCCGAGGAGAGCAUUCCAUCAUGUCCCGCAUUGAGGCCGCUGGAGUGGACCCAAAGAAGUACAUCUUCUUCUUCAACCUCCGCAGCUACGAUCGCCUUCACAAGUCGAAAGAGUUGGAAGAGAAGGAGGCUGCUGCUGGAAUUCCAUACUCAGAGAUUCAGCGGGCUCAUGCAGCUGAUGUGAUGGGCGAAGAGGGCGUCACUGGCGGCAGAGGAUGGGAAGACACAAGCAGCGAGAGUAGUGUUGACGAGGAUGCCGGAGCGCAGUAUACGAGCGAGUUACGAGCGAGAAAGGAAAGGUUUGAAAGGUCCGGAAAGAAGGCGAAGAACAACCUGAAGGAGCAUGAUAGCAUAGCAGCAGACGCGAUGCUGAACGAAAGGCAGGUGUCUGAUGAGGUUUGGGAGGGCGACGAAGCAAGUGAGAGACAGAACUUUGUCAAUGAGGAGCUCUAUAUCCAUGCAAAGGUCAUGAUCGUCGAUGAUAGAGCAGCCAUCAUCGGAAGCGCAAACAUCAACGACAGAUCCCAGCUCGGCUCGCAUGACAGCGAGAUGUCAAUCGUGAUUGAGGAUACCCACACCAUCACCUCCACGAUGGAUGGCGCAGAAUACCCUGCAGCUCGAUUUGCCGCCACCCUCCGCCGUCAGCUCUGGCGUGAACACCUUGGUCUCCUUCCUCCGGAGACUCUCGACGCCUCGAAUGACCCCAACGCGCAGCCCCCCAGUUGGGGCGAAGACGGAAGUCCCCCAAAUGAAUAUGACGAAGGAUCAAAAGAAGAUCUUUUUGUCAGAGACCCGCUGGGUGAUGAGGUCUGGGAGACUUGGACCGGAAACGCAUUGAGAAACACCGAAAUAUUCAGGGAGCUGUUUCACUGUGAUCCGGACGACAAUAUCAAAACCUGGAAGGACUACGACUCCUUCCUACCCCGAGGGGAUAAUGUGAAGAGCGGACAUCUGUUUGUGGACGAAAAGAUGAUGAGUACCAAGGAGGUGAAGGCAAAAUUGAGUCAAAUUAGGGGCCAUCUCGUAUGGAUGCCGUUGAUGUUCCUGCAGGACGAGAAGCUGGACGAGCAGGGUCUGAGUGUGAACGCCUGGACAGAGAGCAUUUACACGUAG